CCUCAAUUCCGAUGGUACGAUCGAGAUCAUUGUCGAUGCGUUCGCGAUCAUGCUAAAGUGGGUACAUUACUGCCCGUUGCCGAGGGAUCGCGCGAUCGCUCCCCCGGACGCGAAGAUGAUCAUUUCGAGCGAGACGACGAGGGAUGAGAGGGACGAAAGAAGGGCUUUUAUCUUCGAUAGAAGAAAAGACGGCGUUGACACGGUGCGAAGUGCGCGAAAUGCGAAAACCGCCACGCCGGACGCUAUCAUGAAGAGAUGCUUUCGGUUUGGGGGUUCGGAUCCGAGGGUAGCGACCUGCAGAGGAAAGCUGCAGAACAAGCGAAGUAAGCUCAAUCAAGAGAUCAACAAAGAGCUGCGAUUACGAGCGGGCGCUGAGAAUCUCUUUAAGGCGACAACCAACAGAAAAUUGAAGGAAACUGUCGCCUUGGAACUAAGCUUCGUCAAUUCGAAUCUGCAGCUGCUGAAGGAACAGCUCGCCGAGUUGAAUAGUUCGGUAGAGCUGUAUCAGAAUAUCGAUGGCGACGAGCCCGUUAUGCCGAUGAUACCAUUGGGACUGAAAGAGACCAAAGACAUCGACUUUCGGGAUCCGUUCAAAGACUUCAUUUUGGAGCACUAUAGUGAGGAUGGGGAAAACUAUGAAGAAGCUAUAGCUGAUUUGAUGGAAACCAGACAGGCUACGAGGACACCGACCAGAGAUUCGGCGGGUAUCGCAUUACUCCUCCGUUACUAUAAUCAGCUCUAUUUCAUAGAAAGGCGUUUCUUUCCACCUGACAGAAGCCUCGGCAUCUACUUCGAAUGGUUUGAUUCGUUGACGGGAGUGCCGAGUUGCCAGCGAACGGUUGCCUUUGAGAAGGCGUCCAUUCUUUUUAAUGCUGGUGCGCUUUAUACGCAGUUGGCUGCCAAGCAGGAUCGUUUAACCGCUCGAGGACUUGAUCAAGCGGUCGACGCUUUUCUCAGAGCCGCUGGUACUUUCCGGUACAUCCACGAGAACUUCACAAAUGCACCGAGCAUGGAUCUAGGCCCGGAUAUGCUAGAGAUGCUGGUGCAGUUGAUGCUUGCUCAGGCAAGGGAAUGCCUCUUCGAAAAACUGGAGCUUCAAUCGAGAGAUGGCAGAAAUAUCGAUGUUUGCUUAGAUCUUGCUCAAGAAGCAGCUCAGGUUGCAGCGAUAUACAAUGAUGUCCAUGGAUUGAUAUCGCGCGAACCGGUUCGUGACUACGUCCCGGAGACGUGGAUUUCGUUGAUACUGGUAAAGCGCGAACAUCAUCUUGCUCUCGCUCACAAGCACAUCGCGGUUGGUCUGCUGGACAGACCGAUUGCUGAGUUACGUGUGGAAACAAGGCUCACGUUGGAGCACAUUCAGAAGAGCGACGGGAAAACUCAAUUGGACGCGACCGUUCCCAGAGAUGACAACGAAAGAAAACUAUUGGGCAAAGCACAUCUCAGAGAAGCUCUCGUUUUGCAUGAUGAGAGCCAACGACUGCAAAGAAUGUGCCGCGAUUUGAAGGCUAAACAACCUCUAGGGAGGGUUCUGAAGAAGGCACAAGAAGCGACGCUCGACAGCUAUAAUAGAUUCGGUAGCGAAGAUGAUUUUCGAGAACUUCUGGAUCCACCGGAUAUUAUCGCCUCCACGAAAUUUCAACUUAGCAUCACUCAUCCGGAUUUCGGGCAACACGGAGUGGAUGAUCUUUUCAAGUCGUUGGGACCUGUAGCGAUAUUUUCCGCUAAACGACACUGGACCGCGCCACGAUUGGUACAACUUCAAAGAGGUCCCGAUGAAGGUUUCGGAUUUAGCGUGCGUGGCGACGCUCCAGUGAUAAUAGCCGCCGUUGAUCAUAAUUCGUUAGCUGAUAUGGGCGGGAUGAAGGAAGGGGACUUUAUAGUCGCCAUCAACGAUAAAGACGUCAAAUGGGCAUCACAUGAGCAAGUCGUGCAGAUGAUAAAACAAUACGGUGACUUUAUAAAUUUGAAGUUAGUCACUCCAAUGGACAGGAAUUAUCUAAAGAUGAUGGUGACGGAAGGAGAGCAGAAGAAAUAUGACGAGUAUAAGAGUACGCUGGAUUCGGAGACGUUGCAGACGGCUAGAUUGGAACUCCGCGAGGAUGACAACAUCAGGGACCAGGCGUUGGAACAAUUUCGCCAUUGGAUCGAGAAACAUCCUGCAAUCAAAAACUGCAGGACCGACUCGGUAUUUCUGCUGAGAUUUCUCAGGACGAAGAAAUUCAGUCUGCCGAUGGCGCAGGAAAUGUUAGAACGUUAUCUCACUAUCAGGCAACUCUAUCCUCAGUGGUUCCAGAAACUCGACGUUGAUGACCCAAAUCUUGAGGCCAUCAUCGAUAGCGGCUACUUGGUACCAAUAUUAAAGCGAGAUCAGCACGGUCGUAAAGUGAUACUGUCAUGUGCAGGGCGUUUCGACCCUAAUAGAUUCACAUCUGCACACAUGAUUCGGGUCCACAGUAUGGUGGUGGAAGCCUUGAUGGAUGAUGAGAAAAGUCAGGUCAACGGAUACACAUAUCUCAAUGACGAGGCAGGAUUGACCAUGAACCAUUUCAGCACAUGGUCUUUCACGGACAUUCGCAAUGUGUUAAGAUGCAUACAGAACAGCACGCCGAUGCGUCACAAGGAGACGCAUUUCAUCAACAUUCCCAACAGCGUGGCGAAGAUAAUCGAAUUCGGUAUCUCUCUGUUAAGCGACAAGUUGAAGUCUCGCAUUAUGAUACACAGGAAUGUACAGGAGUUACAAGAGGCGGUGGAUCCAAAGAUACUACCAAAGGAAUACGGUGGGGAAAUCCCGCUCUCCGAAAUGAUCAACGAAUUUAAAAAGGUGCUAAAACAGAAGAAAGAUGAAAUCAAAGCCCUCGACGAUAUGUAUAUCGAAAUAUCACCGAAAGAUUACCAGGAGGCUAAUGAAGAAUUUAGCGGAAUAUGUGGUUCGUUCCGAAAGUUAGAGGUCGACUAAGAGUAAUCUACCUUUACUACGAUUUUACAACUUUAUAUUGCCAGCACUUCACCUAAACAGUUAUUUUUUGUGAUUACACGUAUGACAAUUGUUUUACCAAAAAGAACCAUAAAAAUAUAUUAUAUUGUGACACAUGAAAUUGCGAGCACAUUAAAUGAUCGUAUAAGUAAUUUAUAAAUGCAUCGAUAAUAGUUAAAUCUUAGUUAACUGAUUUUGAUUAGUAGUUCUUAAUUGUUUUUCUCUAGAUCUUGUUUGUAGUAUAAACAAAAAAAAUUAAUUUUGAAUAAUAUUAAAUAAUAUUAUGGUUCAACCAGGUUUGUAUGCGCGAAGUAACAAAUUACUUUAAUAUUAUAAUACCUCGAAGUCUAUGAAAUAGUAUUCGUUAUUUUGUAUGUAUAAGUUUUUUUUGUUACAGCUAAGAUUUCGUAAAGUGUACGAGUUAAAACUCGUUCCGCCGGUGGUACCAAGUUACCUAUGAUUUAUAAGUCAUUAUUUUGAUUACUUUAAGAUAAAUUGUGGUUCGGCAUGCUUUCAAGCUCGUUUUAAGCUAUCUAUAAUUCAUGGUAGUGUUCAGGAUGUAAAUUUAAUGUAUUUCGUUGGGCACGUUCCACUUAAUGCUCAGAAUACUCGCGCGUCACUUAGUCUUGUUUAAUAUUUGAUAAACAACAGGGAUGAAAUAAUCCUAAGAGCGUUGCGAGCAUUAAGUGGAAUUUGCGUUUUAUAUAAUUUUAUACCGCAUGAUUUGAUGGAUUUUAUGAAUCUUUUUUUCCGAAUUCUGACAUAAAUUCUAGAUCGUUUAAAAUGAACUUUAUCGUCCUCCACUGUUGCAAUAGAAUAUAUUUACUUAUAAUUAGAAAAUCUGCACUCGCUAACGCGUUGUUCUAAUGAACAAAUCUUUCACAUAUUCAAUAUUAAGAAAUAAAGUUGUUAGGUACAUAUACGUUAAUUUGUAAUGUUUGUUAUGUAGCGCAUUCAUUAUGUAAUUUUGUUUUGUAGUAUGUUAUGUUUAGUGAAAUGGAAACUCUGGGAUACAUUUAUCCGUGAUGUCAUAAAGUAUAAUUAUACAUAACAAUUAUAUGGAUAUUUCAUUUCACACUCUGCUCAGAUCACUACUGCAGCUUGCAUUCUGUUUGAUAUGCACUAAAUGCAUAAUGUGAAAAUAUAAUUUUGAUUUGAUUUGUUUAACAUGAAAUAUUACAUAUAUGCGAUAAUAUUUAUAGAAAAUAGAUAUCAGUUAUACUUUGUGAAUUUGUGGUGAAUAUGCAAGUUUGAAUAUAUUUUAUAUAGUUUGUUUCAUGUUUAUCAGAUGGACGAGAGAAUAAUAACGUGUGAUUGAAAUAAAUUUUAUAAGCAAUUUGUCAAUUUAUACUGAUAUCAUUAAAACUUGAUAAUAUUAUACCUAAAUAAAAAAUAUUUUAUCUAUGACUAGCGAGAAAGAAUAUUUUCCAAAUAAAAAUUUGAAUCCUAUAAUUUAUUUAAUAACAACGUAAGAAGAAUUAUUAAACUUUUUUGCUAGCUAAACAUUGAAUAAUUUAUAGAUAUUAAAAGAAAUAAAUUCGCACUUUAUAUAUCUAUCGUAAUAGGAUCUCAAAUUUGGCAGAUUGUUCAAGGUCAAAUACCUCAAUUACUUACAUGUAGGCGUGAGAGAUUUUUUCUUAAUUUCAAUGAUAAAGAAUUAUUUAUCAUAUAAGUAAACUAAACAUUUUUCCUUGUAUAUACACAUAUUUAUUGAUCCUCGUUAUCAACGUUUAUUAUUUGUUUUAAAAAUUCCGUGCUUGCUGGCGCCGUGGUAUAAAGGCUUCC